AUGACGACCCUCAAGAACCCAACGCCUGCCAGGAAUAUUGCACGCGGGUUUCACACGCCAGUGACUUCGGGGGAUGAAGAUUCGGACCAUGGACCACACACUCCUUCUCAGAAGCACCGCAAGAACCUAAUGAUUAACGACGUCGUCAGUGCAAAUAGCAGCCCUAUGCUACGGUGCAGCUCCGCGCAGGGAGUGGGAGUUGGGGGCAUCAGCAGGCUGAAGCUACAGCUGGACACGCUCAACCUGGAGCACGAUUCGCGGACAAGUUCGUUGGCGCGCAGCAAAUACCAGUCACAGCCGCAGAGCAGCACAGGCACCACUUCCGAAGGCGGCCUCAGCGACGACGAGGCCUCUGAUAUCACGACUUAUGAGGUUGGGUUCGAGAACGACUUCGUCAGCGAGAGCGUGCGUGAGAAGGCCAUAUUUGGAGCUGUCGAGGGAGGUUUGGUGCAGGAUACCCUCGCCCGGAAGAUGCAAGCUGAGGAUUUCGAGCCCUUGCGAUGUCUAGGCAAGGGGACGUUUGGCACAGUCUUGUUGGUUAAGCAGCAGGCGACAGGACGACUCUACGCGCAGAAGCAGUUCAAGAAGGCCUCUUUGACCGUGCACAAACGACUUGUCGAGCAAACCAAGACUGAACGAUCCAUCCUCGAGAGCGUGAACCGCCAUCCAUUCGUCGUCAAACUCUUCUACGCGUUCCAAGACCACGAGAAGCUAUACUUAAUCCUGGAGUACGCGCAAGGAGGGGAACUCUUCACGCAUUUGGCAUCAGAGAAAAUGUUCACCGAGGAAGUCGCGUCUUUCUACAUGGCCGAAAUGGUUCUCGCUCUUGAGCACCUGCAUCGCGAUCUCGGUGUCAUAUACCGCGACCUCAAGCCCGAGAACUGUCUCCUGGACGACCAAGGACAUUUGCUGCUUACUGAUUUCGGAUUAUCAAAGGUAGCCGUGGACGAGAACGAUGCGUGCACCAGCAUGCUGGGAACAGUGGAGUACAUGGCACCAGAGGUGAUCCUUGGCCAGAAAUACGGCAUGGCUGUUGACUGGUGGUCUUUCGGCGCCAUGGGUUUCGACCUCUUGACCGGAGCACCACCAUUCCCGGGGGGGAACCAUGCGAAGAUUCAGGACAACAUUGUGAAGAUGAAGCUCAAGCUACCAUAUUACAUGAGCGCUGAUGCGAAGGAUCUUCUUACCCGCCUCUUGCGCAAAGAGCCAAACAAGAGACUCGGUAACAAUAUGCCAAAAGAUAUGCAGUUGAUCAAAAAGCACCGCUUCUUCCGACGCAUCGACUGGAAAAAACUUGCCAAGAGGGAGCUAGAACCACCUAUUCAACCCCUCAUUACAGAUCCAGAGCUCGCGGAGAACUUUUCAGAUGAUUUUACUGGGUUGGCGUUGAGUCCUGUGCUGACUAGCUCCAAGGCUCCUUGGAGUGCAGAAGUAAACGAGAACCCAUUUGGAGGGUUUAGUUAUGUCGGGAGCGAGAGUUUAUUGAACGGCCAUGGGUUUAUCGGGAUGGAGACGAGUGUAGGUGUAUAA